CCACAACGAAAAACACUUGUUUUUUCUUGCCAUAAAAAUUUUAUAUUAUAAUUAUAACAACUCCAAAAUCAAAUAAAAACCGUACACGGUAACGUCGUCAACACUCUUGAUUGUAUAUUAUACGUUAAAAAACUACUACUGCGACUACUACUACUACAGACAACAUUUCAAUAUGGACAUGUUACGGAAAGCAUUGAGUGGCCAAGACCGAGACAAUGAUAGUUCCACUGGAAUUUUGCCUAAUGUUAAUCAAAUGUCAUCAUUAGAAUGGUCUACUCGUAUAAAAGGAUUUAUUGCAUGCUUUGUAAUUGGAAUUUUUUUUUCAUUAUUGGGUGCCACAGCGUUAGUAUUACCUCUACAUAGAAGAAUGGCCGUAUUUGGUAUUUUUUAUACACUCGGAAAUAUUACAUCGCUUCUUAGUACUUGUUUUUUGAUGGGUCCGGUAAAACAAAUAAAAAAAAUGUUUUCCUCCUCUAGAGUUGUUGCUACCAUUAUUGCUCUUGCAAUGAUUGUCCUUACAUUAGUCGCUGCAGUUGGCAUGAAAAACGCACCAUUAACUUUUCUUUGCAUUAUUUUUCAAUUUCUUGCAUUGACAUGGUACUCUUUGUCUUAUAUACCUUACGCUAGAGACGCCAUAAAAAGUUCGAUGUCUACAAUCAUAGCAUAAUUAGUUGUUUCAAAGUUAAUAUAUCGAUUAUAUUGAUAUUAAUGGUUAACUAAAAUUGUUAUCAUAGAUGAUAGAAUAUGAAAAUAGACACUGAUAUCUAUCGCUUUGUUAUAAUGAUUGUAUUCUAGUACGUCAAUUUGUUAAUAUUUAUACUUAACUAUUUAGCGUUUAAAGUGAACUCAGUUAUCUACCAAGUCAUAAUUGAUGUGUGUGUAGUUUAUACAUUGUUGUUAUUAAUACUAUUAUGGGUAUUUUUUUAAUACAAGCAUUUAUUAAAAACAUAGUAUUUACAUAAACCUCAUUAAUUAAAUAUAUUGAAAACUUUAGUUAAGAAGCAAUAACUAAUGAGAUGAAUAAUGUUAUAUGAUACUGUUAAUUAUAAUUAAUGUCUUCCUAUAGAAUCUGAUUUUGUUAUUGUUUAAGAGAAAUAUUUCUAUUUUUUUUAUAGCUAAAUGAUUGUAACCUGAAUCUAUAUAUACAUACAAACGUCCACUAACUAAACUAUGUCAAUUAUUGUAUUGUAUUAUGUCAAUUAAUUAUGCUACUAUGUCAAUUUCAUUUGGUAAUGUUAUUAAGUUAAGUUUAAUUGUAAGCAAUAAUGUAUCUUAUUUUUUUUAUUAUAUUUAUAAUUAUGUUUUUAGUUUUGUUAUUGAUUAAUAUAAAAUAGAAUAUUCCAUUUUUACAAUAUUAUGUUAACUGUAAUGAUUAAU